GGCACUGUCCACUGUGAGAGGGUGGUGGUGGGAGGGGUUAUUGAUCGAACAAAGGAAGGACCCAACCUUCCUUCCGCUCUCCGCCACGUUUUUCCUACGAUGUCAAAAGCCGUCGCGUCCCUGCGAGUCAGUCUAGCGCCGACCGUCGAGCUGAGCAGUUCGUGUACCCAGUCGGCUCCUCACUUCACACGCGUUCACUAGUGUUUGCGUUCAUCACAGUGCAAGCGUGUUCAUUCAUUGUGUGUGAUCUAUUAAUUGACAGUGUGUUUUGAUGACAGUGCUUAGUUGUUAUUAAUCGACAAUUCUGAGUGUUUUGUGUGACUGUUGAAAGUUGUUUACUAGACAAAAUUGAUCUAACUUGUGUGAACGGUAUGUCAAGUUUGCCAGCCAAAAUUGACCCAACUUUUGUAAACAGUUUGAACGAUAUGUCGUCGACAAAGAAAUCGGCCGCUUCGUUGCUAGUGUCGGCAAAACGACCGAUACGUCAGCUGUCGCUCGAGGAGAAACUGCAGGCGAUCGACCGCGUUCACAAGGGCGAAUCGAAGGCGUCGGUGGCACGCAUCAUCGGCGUGCCCGAGUCAACGCUGCGUGGCUGGUGCAAGAACGAAGACAAACUCAAGGUGAUGGCCAUGAAAGAGACUCCCAGUCCGGAGCCGGUGCAUCAGGGUGAUGGGGUUAGUGCCAAACGGAUGAAAUACGACACAAAGAGCACUUCACGUCAGGAUGACCCGCUUUGGUACUGGCUACAGAAUCAGCAGAACCACCAGCAGAGAUACUCGACCGGUGCGACUGGCUUCGACCAGGACAACAGCAGCUGGUUCUGGCGUUGGUACAAAAACUACAGCUUCCCACAGGUGUCGGCGAGCGAGCCGCUGCCACUGGUGGUGCCGUCACGGGCCAUCGACACCGUGCUCACCGACAACAACAACGUCGAGUCCAAGGAGAACAACGCGCUCGCCAAGGAGGAGACCGUGUCCGAGGACGAGGAUGAGCCGCCGGCGACGGCCGCCGAGGCAGUCAAACACGGCGAGAAGUUCCUAAGGUGGCUGGAGUGCUGCUCCGACCCGAGCGUCACCGCCGUCCAGCUGCUCCAGUUCAGGUAUCUCCUCAACAACGUCCGCACCUGCGCCCAGCGACGCGCCAACAAGAGCCGCACCAACGGCACUCGCUCGCGACGCAAGUAAACACACCACUCACCACGUUCCUACUUAUCAUGCCAAAAAUGUACAUAAACCCUCACUUAUUGUACAGUCUAUUCUAGUUAUGUAAUACUAUUAUUAUUGUGUUUAAUCUAGUUCGUUUAAAGUCCCUCCCCCGCAUUUCACUGCACAACAUGAUAAGACAACAUGUUGAUGACUUGUGCCAGACGAACAAACAACGUCACAAUCGAUAAUAACGCUUGAGUUAAAUCGACAUACCAUCAGAAAAAAAACCCAAUUUUUUGCUAUUGCUGAUUUGCAACAAUCGGGUUUUUUGCAAUUGUUUUAUUAAUAGUAAUGUGUAUGUCUUUGUUACUUUGAAGUGUAGCUCGCUUCAAACUUUGUUAAAUUGAGAUAAUCCCUCUACACAUUUUAAUAACAAAAUUAAAAAAAAACUAUGAUUUAAAGUGACUUCAUUUGUGGAGAAAAUUUAUCUAGCCAAAUUGAUAGUUUCUAACUUGCCAAACAAACUGAAUGUUUAUAUAUCUAUUUUUUCUCCACUUAUACUCUUAUCAAAAUCUAAAAAUGAAAGCAAUUAAUGACGAGAUAAUCUACCAAAACGGUAUAAAAAUUAGAGAACCUAUAGUCUAGUUAACAAUCCACAGAGCUAAAACCAGUUGUAAUACAAAGAAUGUCAUUUCUAUCAAAGCAUCCUUUCAUAAUUAGCAAAGAAGAGUCCUGUGCUCCAAUAGAAUAAAGCUGUCAGCUCAUUUUCAAAUGUAAACUUCUAAAUACAAAUCGUAAAUAAUGAAGUAUAUACAGUAUAACUAAAUACAGUACUCGUAAAUAAUGAUGAUAACUAGUAAACAAAUGAAAAUGUAUUUAAAACUAUUUUAAAAUGCCGGUAAAAUAAAAUAUUAUAUUUGUAUAAAACAUGCAAAACUUAUAAUAUAAAAUAAUUAAUGUGUCAUUCUUGAUUUCAACAUUAUUGUAAUGUCCAAAAAUAUUCGAACUGAUGAGUCAUUAGUGCUGUAUGUCGGUUUAAUUCGAGCGGAAGCGAUCAUUUUUAUCUUAUCUUUACUAACUGUACUGUCUAGUUGUAUACAUCCUCAGUGAUUGGAAGUUCCGCAUUGGUGUUCAAAACAAAUCCACUCUUAUUGAAAAAAGGCCAUUAUGAUGUCUGCUAUCGUAUCACAUAGUCAUUUUGUAGUCAACGAGUAGUAGAUUGGUGGUAAUAUUUUUUCAACAAGUUAAGUUAUAGAAAGCAGAAUACACAGAAAAGUCAAAAGGUGGUACCUUAUCAUAACUACCAAUUAAUUACCACAUAUUUAGGUAAAGUUAGUUUUUGUAUCCUUGAAGUCUGAUUGAUUCUAAUAAGUUAUGUUUAGUUUAUUUAUAUGAUAUGUAUGAGGUGUGAUAGUAUUAUUUUAGUUAUCCCCAAUAUCAAGCAGAACAUUUCUUAGAGAUUGAUAUUGACAGUGGACCAAUUGCUACACUGGACAAGCGUUCUAUUUAACUCUUAUUAAUGAUACCUGUUGUCAUCAAGGUAUCUUCAGUUCAAUACUUUUUUUAUGAUGUCCCUUAAAAACUUGUACUAUUUUUCAAAACAGAUUGAAAAUAUUGAUAAAAUUUAUCUCUACCAAUAACAAAUCAGGAAAAAAUGCUAAAGUUGAUUGUUGCAAAGUAAUGAUGAAUAUGUUGAAGGGACUUACCAAAGUGGUCGGCUUCUCCUUUGGCAUUGGGAUGUAAGUAAUGUGAUCAGCAACAAAACUGGCGCAUCCUUGCCAGGUGUAAAAUUCAGGGUACGUUAUUUUUGUCGGACGAAUUGUGGUAGACACGAAUUUCUGAAGAAAACACAUUCCCUAAGUUAAUUAAAUUUAGCCAAAUACCGGUAUGUGAUCAUAUGAAUCACUAUAUUAGGAUUAGCCUCUAUUUUUCUGAACCAACUUGUAAUUCAAAUAUCCACUCACAAUAAAGAAUUCCAAUUAGAAAUACUGAUUUGAAGUAGAAAAGAAUCUUAAACAAUAAUGCUUUUCUUAAAUGUAGACUAUACUCAAAUUAAUAAUAUAUUCUGUAAUUUAUUUCUAUCACAUAUCCACUCAUGACUCAGUGCAGUGCAAUCACCUAAUUGCAUGUAAGCUGACAUCUACAUGAUUGUGUAGUCGUGAGUGGUGGUAGUACUUACUCGAUAUUUGUCAAGUAAUAAUUGAGUUCAUUCGAAUGUAGUAUUACAGUUUUACAUUUUUUUUCAAGAAGGAAAGGAACCUUAAUUUUUUUUAUAGAAUGUAUUUAUUUUUCAUCAGACAUGGAAUAAAAUCUACUGUUCUUUCAUAAUACAGUACAGUCAGUGAGUUAUGAAUGAAUAAGAUUUGGAAUUUUUCACUUUUUUAAUUAAUGACAACUCAUUGUAUUGUUUAGUGAAAUGAUGAUUAUAUAAUUAUUGGUAAAAAUAUUCAGCUUCAAAGAAUUCAUGUAAGAAAAGAGUUUAAUUUUUUCAAGUCUUGAUUUAUGUAUUGUUUUUGUAAUGAAGAGGUCUAUCUUACUUUUAGUAUUAUCAAGAGAAUAUGAUUGAUAUGUGCGAUAAAUUUAUGUUGAGCAUAAUAUGUAAUUUUGUGGUAUUUUCAGGGCAUUAGUUUUUGUACCAAAAAGUUUAUUUUUCAUUUGUAUUCAAAUAUGAUUUUUAAUAUACCUUUUAUCUAUCAUUCACAUUCAGGUUCAUUAUUCAUUACUUUUGUAUUAUUGCUAUUUAAAAGUAUUGCCAGUUUUAUUUUGUAGAAGUGAACAUUAUUUUGAUUUAGGCUACAUAUCUAUGUAGCGGAUUUAUUAAAUUUUUUUAUUAACAUUUUCAAAUAAAGAGUUUUGCAAAUGCCAUUUUGUUACCAAAUCAAACUAGUUGUACUCUAGGCUAGGUACUUCUAGCACAUUGUUAUUGUAUUUUUGUAUAAAUAACAAUAAAGAAAGUAUUGUUUUGAUUGAAA